CUAGUGCACUGGACAUACAAAGAAGGCAAACUGGAUGAAGAGCACUGGGGAAAGCACUUUGCAGACUGUGCUGGCAAACACCAAUCUCCAAUUGACAUCCAGAGGAAAAAAGUGAGGUACAACCCCCAGUUGCUGCAGCUAGAGCUGAGUGGUUAUGACGGGCCUUUGCAGGGGGAUUUCACAAUGACCAACAACGGUCACUCUGUUCAGAUUGAUUUGCCACCCACCAUGCACAUCUCCGGAGGGCUCCCAGGCCUCUACACAGCUGUACAGAUGCAUCUGCACUGGGGUGGCCUGGACCUGGAGACCAGCGGCUCUGAACACACCAUAGACGGGAUGAGAUACUUUGCAGAGCUGCACAUUGUCCAUUACAACUCAGCUGACUACUCAAGCUUUGAAGAAGCCAAAGACAAACCAAAUGGAUUGGCUGUGCUUGCCUUCUUGUAUGUGGAUGGGCACUUCGAGAAUACCUACUACAGUGAAUUCAUUUCCAAACUGGCAAAAAUCAGGUUUGCAGGUCAAUCAACAAAGCUCAUUUCUCUGGAUGUCCAAGCCAUGCUGCCAGAAAACCUCUCGCACUUCUACAGGUACCAGGGCUCACUAACAACCCCACCUUGCUUCGAGAGUGUGAUCUGGACCAUCUUCCAUUCUCCGAUUGUCCUAUCACACACGCAGAUCAGCCUCCUAGAGAACACCUUGCUGGACUGGGAAAACAGGACACUGCGCAACGACUACCGGCAUGCUCAGCCCCUCAACGGGCGCGUGGUGGAGUCCUCCUUCAGAGCCAAACUCACCCAAGAACAAUGCCACGCAGAAGAAUUCAACCUCAGACUGGAACAAAUCCAGAUGCAGCUCCAAGACAUGAAGAGAGAGUUGCUGAAUGGAGUGAGCCACAUAGGUAUUAAAUCCAGCACAUUUCCAGCUUUCUACUUCCCUGUGGAAAACAUUGAGAGUUUUGUGAACGUUCAUCCCCUCCAUGAUAUGUCUCUCCAAGCCUUCACCUUAUGUUUCUGGACAAAAGCCCAGCAUGCUGGCAGUCAGACUGUUCUUUCCUACUCCACACAGGAGAGGGAUAACGAGAUAGUGAUAACCGUGGGCACAGAUGUGGGAUUGUGGAUAGGAGGCCAUUUCAUCACCUUCCCCCUGUACCACAAGGAACAAGAUUGGCUGCACUACUGCAUGGCAUGGGCCUCUGAGUCUGGAAUAGCAAAUUUAUGGCUCAAUGGAGCAGCUGGUAAAGCAAAGAGUAUCCAGAAGGGGUAUGUGAGCCAGGCUGGAGGAACGCUUGUCCUUGGGAAAGACAGAGACACUCUUCUUGGGACGUUCUCCAAUGGUUUUGCAGGCUGGAUGACUCAUGUGAACCUGUGGAGCCAAGUUCUCAGUGCUGCAGAUGUUCGGGCACUCGCACUGUGCAAACCAGGGCAACUGAAGGGAGAUGUCAUAGCAUGGGGAGAAACCUCCAUGACCCUCUUGGGUGGGGUGGUUCUGGAAUCUGACACCAGCUGUCAGUGA